AUGGGGCAUCAUCUUCUUUGUACUUUUUCAUCUUUACUGCUACUCUUCUUAUUCAGUUCUCUUCCUGUCACCAGCCAAUUCCUGUUUGGCGGCAGCAAACAAGCUCAUAAUUAUUCAAAUGUCUCUUGUAUUGAGAAUGAACGACAAGCUCUUCUUCUUUUUAAACAUGGGUUGAUAGAUGAAUCAAAUCGUCUGUCAUCUUGGGUUGGAGAAGGAUGUUGUUCAUGGGAAGGCAUUAGUUGCCACAAAACCACCGGUAGUGUUUUGAAACUUGAUCUACGCUAUACUACGGCGGAUGAUGAUGAUUACAACACAAAUUGUUUGGGAGGCCAAUUAAGUCCAUCUUUGGUCAAUUUGACCAAUUUGCAAUACUUGGACCUGAGCUCGAAUAUUUUUUUAGGAGUCCAAGUUCCCGCAUUCUUUGGAUUGUUGAAAAACUUGAGAUACCUCAGUCUCUCAGGUGCAGGAUUUGAUGGUGAAAUUCCCCACCAUUUAGGAAACCUCUCACAUUUACGGUAUUUAGAUCUUGGGUGGAAUGGGUUGAGGACUAAGGAUCUCAGGUGGGUUGCUGGGCUCUCUUCUCUAAAACAACUAGUCCUGUCCAAAGUGAACCUUACAGCCGCUCAAGAUGGGUUACAGUCAAUUAACAUGCUUCCUUCACUAAGAACACUAGAUUUGUAUAGUUGUGAUCUUUUCAUCCAUCCUCAUCUUUCAUAUGUCAAUUUCACGUCUCUUGCUUUUCUUGAUCUCGGUGAAAAUAAUUUCAACAACUACAUGGUCCCACCUUGGCUCCGUAAUCUUACUGGCCUCCAUGGUCUUCAUCUUGGUUAUAAUAAUCUUUCUGAUCCAAUUUAUGGCCUGCUUGAUCAAAUGACCUCUCUAGUUCAUCUCGAUCUAUCUUCAAACCGCUUUGAUGCUUUAACGUUAAAAUCACUUUGUAAUGCAAGCAAUCUUACUUAUUUGGAUCUGAGUUACAAUAAUUUGCAAGGGUCAAUACCAAGUGAAAUAGGCCAUCUUUCAAAACUAACUAAUCUAUUAUUGUAUAAUAAUAAAUUAAAUGGUACCAUAUCGACCAAUCUUGGGCAGCUGACAAAGCUACAAGCAUUUGAAGUUGGUUACAAUUCAUUAACUGGUGUCCUAUCUGAAGACCAUUUUGCGAAACUUCGAGAGCUAGAGUCACUGGACCUAGCCAGAAACUCACUCGCUCUGAACGUGAGCUCCUCGUGGGUUCCUCCAUUUCAACUCCAUGAAAUCCGGAUGCAAUCCAUCAUUGUGGGGCCUAGGUUUCCAGCUUGGCUUCGGACGCAGAAUGAAGUUGAGAUAUUAGACAUGUCAAACGCGAGCAUUUCAGAUGCCAUACCCAGCUGGUUUCUCUCUAAAAACAAAUCGUCUCUAUGGUAUUUAGAUCUUUCACACAAUUUUCUUACUGGACAUAUUCGGCAGCUGGUUGUACAUGAGCUGUCGUCUCUCUUUCUGAAUGAUAACCGUUUCACAGGUACUAUCCCUGAAGACUUGUGCAAGUUGGAAAAUUUAUCAGAAUUGGAUCUAUCCAACAAUCUUCUGUCCAGAAGAGUUCCUCUGUGUCUAGGAAACUUGCAAGACCUGCUGUUCCUAAACUUGGCAAAUAACAAUCUAUCCGGUCAAAUUCCGAGUUCACUGGGUAACUUGUGGGGACUUUCUAAGCUGCAUUUGAAUGGAAAUAAAUUCGUUGGGAAGCUCCCUGCCUCAAUGCAGCAUCUCAGCAAUUUGGAAGAUCUUGAUCUCGGUGACAAUAGACUGAAGGAUGUUAUACCAGCUUGGAUUGGAGAAAGGUUAUCAAAUUUAAGAUUUCUAAGAUUUCAGUCAAAUAACUUCUAUGGACCUAUUUCUGAUACACUCUGUCAACUCUCACAUCUUCGAGUGCUGAACUUAGCACAUAAUAACUUGAGUGCAUUUAUUCCUCACUGCUUUAACAACAUUAGUGCCAUGGUAUCAGCAUUUGACUUUAGUUCUAGCAUUAAUUCACAAGAAAGCCUUCAAGACAUUAAGGGAGGAAGAGAAGUUGAGUAUAACACAUGGAGCCUUGAGCUUGUUAAAUCCGUAAGCCUCUCAACAAAUAAUUUAGUUGGCGAGAUCCCUGAUGAGAUAAUGGAGCUGGUUCAAUUGCAAGUUUUGAAUCUUUCACAAAAUCAUUUGACUGGAAGGAUCCCCAAGAAGAUUGGCAACUUGAAGCAACUUGAAACACUUGAUCUAUCAAUGAAUGCACUCUCCGGUGCAAUCCCCGAAAGCUUAUCUGAUUUGUACUCAUUGAACUCUCUGAAUAUGUCACACAAUAAACUUUCAGGGCCAAUACCAUCAGGAAAUCAGCUGCAAACCUUGACCGAUCCAUCCAUCUAUGAAGGAAACAGUGGACUCUGUGGCAAACCGCUCCCAAACAGCUGCUGGGAACACAAAUUGCCUACCAAAAAUGGGCCUAGUGAUGAUGAUGAAGGCCACAGCGAAUCUGAUUGGUCUUGGUUUUAUGCUGGUAUAGGACCGGGUUUUGCUGUCGGGCUCUUGGGAGUUUUGGGAAUCCUUCUCCUCAAGAAGUCAUGGCGCUAUGUGACAGGUCGUCAGCCUGUGCAAUAA